AGGCGCCGCGUGGGAGCGCGUGUCGGCCGACAGCAAGCGGCUGGUGGCGCGGCUGCUCAGCGCCGACGCGCGCCACCGCGGCAGCGCCGCCGACCUGCUCGCCGACCUCGCCGACCCCGCCGACCCCGCCGACCCCGCCGACCCUGCCGACCGCGCCGACCUCGAUGACCUCGAUGACCUCGACGACCUCGACGCGCACGGGGACCAGCAGCAGCACUACGAGUUCAGGCUCGCCGACAUGACCAAGGCCGACCUGUACAAGCGCCGCUCCAAGAACAAGCAGCGCAAGUCGAGCGGCUCCGAGCCGGCCCCGGCCCGCGCCGGACGGUCCGACGACGAGGCCGGCGCCGAGGAGGUCUCCCUCGUGGAGACCAUCAACAACCUCAAGAACAGGAUGCACAACAGCUCCAUAGACAAGGACGUGGAGCUCAUCAAGGCCAACGGCCGGGACUCGCCCGCGCCCGACCCGGCCUCGCCCGAGGAGGAGGACAUCCCGCCCGUCGGGCCGGUCGAGAAGACCUACGCGAAGGCCCGCUCCAAACUGGACGACUACAUCUACAUAGAGAGCCGCCGAGGCCUGGACGAGACUGAGGUCGCCUUCCCGCGAGGCGGUCGCGCCAAGAGAGCUAAGGUGUCGCGGUCGCCCGUCCCGAGGAAACGUAGAAAAAUAGAAGCGAACGGGGACCGGCAGUCGCGCAGCGGAGACGACGGAGUCGCCGACGCGCCCACCGAGAGGCGCGCCUUGAGGAGCGGCAGCGAGAGGGAGCGAGACGAGAAGCGGCCCGCCAACGAAUCGAUAGAGAACGACAAAGCGGCGGUCGCCAGGAACACGCGCAAGAGGAAGAGGGAGGACGCCGCCAAGCCCGUGCUGAGGGAGAAGGGGCAGAACGGGCACCAGGCGGCCGCCGGGGCGCACGCGCCCCGCGCGCCCCACGCGACCCUCGCCACUAGGAAGAUAACGCGGGCGAAAAAGACCAAAUCCUCUCUGGCUCCGUUGCAGUUGGACAUAGACCGAAACGUCCGGAUGACCAGAUCGAGGACGAGGAGAUUAGAAAUAAGCCUGUCCCCUUCGCAAGUGAAGAGCGUCGUGCCGGCGUUCUCUUUCGAAUCCGAUCGCCGCAUGAACUCCAUAGAGAGCGAUCGCUCGGCGAAAUCGAACAAUACCAGAGCGAAGGCUCGCAACGCUCGAGCGCUAAAGAACGCUAGCGGAGCGAAGAAGCCGCCCGUUCGAGCGACGCGCGCGCGCGCCGGUAGGAGGUGAAGACGUUCCUGCGUCGAUGUGAACGAUCGAAGCGCCAUCUAGCGGCUCACCGUAGACAAAUUAUCAUUAUGGACUUUAAGUUGACUAGUGUCGCGAAGAGGGAGGCGUGUUUUCAUCGUUAUGUAUUAUAUAUGUUUAAUGUGAAUACGAAGAGAUCUAAUGUUGUUCCGAGUGUUCGCCGACGACCGUACGAACGGGGCCGGCUCGCUCGUCGAGUUCCGUCGAUCUCGAUCCGAACUCGUUCACCGGGUUCACGUUUGUCUCGAUGAUUCGUGAUAUUAUUACCUAUCAGAUUUUGUAAUCACAAAACUAGAUAAAUCGAUUCGUGAACACUGAGUAUAUGAACGGGUACCGACCCCCAUAAUAAUAAUAAUGCCGUCAGCUCCUCCGAUAGACUGUUACCUAGUAUAUAAUAUUCCAAUAUGGCAUCGGCUGCGUUUACAAACCUCAAAUUCCAAAUAGCGAGACGAUAUAGUGAUGCAAUAAUGGACGCUUGCUCAUUACGCCUAGAAUAGAGAAAUGAUAAAGAAGAAUACUAUUUAUUCAAAAGAGUAAAUUAUAUUUGUGUAAGUAACUGCGAGUCUAGUACUAGUUGACGACUAACUGGUAGAUUUAAUAUUAUCAUUAUUGUAUUUUUAUUUUCUUUUUAAUCCUUUUAUUUAAUGUUACUAUUAAUUUUUAAGACACUUUUCCCAUUAUUAUUAAAAUUACCAUUAGAUUUAAUACUUUGAAUGUUCUUUAUUAUGUAUUUUAAAUAGAUUAAAAUCCGGUUAAUUAAUCAAAUUCGGCCUCGAUUAAAGCAGUCUGUGUUUUUCGGUUGCCGAUUUCUUUCGGUCGGACAAAAUUGGUUGCUUUUCUGAUUGAAAGGAAAUUAAUUAAUUUUUUCACGAUUAUGUCUACCAAAUGUUUAAUUAACGGAUGCCUUAAAAUAUUAUAAACAAUUAUUAUCUGAAAUAAUAAAAAAACAAUGAUGUUUCCCAACUAGAAACGUGACACCAAUGUUUCUAGGUGGCAAACCGCUGUCCAUAUCUUAUGCAGAUCUCUAUCCUCAUAUAUAAAUGAAUUUAGGUUGUUUGUGUGUGUGUAUAUUUGUUUGAAGUCUAGAUUAGUAGGUUAAAUUUGUAAAAAUUGUUUUUUUAUUAUUAUUAAAUAUAAUGCGACGCGUUGUUUCCGCGAUUAUUUCAACUUCCACAUUUAAAAUAUUGCGAAAUAUAU